UCGAUAGGCAGGGGUUAUAUUCCAGUAUCUUUCAGUUGCAGGUACUCCUACGAGUACCUGGGGCGGCAGGCUGAGCGGCUUACAUAAGCUCAGAGCUCGGGCCCGCGGCAGGCCAGCGCUAGCUUGGGAGCUGAUGGGUGCUCCAGGCAAGCUGGGGGCAACGCGUUCCCAGCCCAGGCAAGAGCUUCACUGACGACAGCUCCAUCCUAUCAGCCUGACCAGCCAUCAACACGACCGACUGCUCCCAACAACGUCUCUCCCUCGUCCCACACUCAACGACCGUCCUUGUCAAGCAAAGCACACCGAAUUUCUGCCCUCGUCCGGCCCGAUCCCUCAAUCAAGCCCUCAAGAUGGCGAGCACCGGCAUCGACAGGCAUAUCACCAUCUUCUCUGAACAGGGUCGGCUAUAUCAAGUCGAAUAUGCCUUCAAGGCUAUCACCGCCGCCAACAUCAUGGCCAUCGGCGUCCGUGGAAAGGACUGUGGGGUCAUCCUGUCGCAAAAGAAGGUCCCAGACAAGCUGAUCGAUCCUGCCUCGGUGUCGCACAUCUUCCAAAUAUCCCCCUCGGUCGGCUGUGUCAUGACGGGCUCGAUCGCCGACGCCAGAGCCUUCGCCCAACGCGCACAGGGCGAGGCUGCUGAGUUCAGAUACAAGUACGGCUACGAGAUGCCAAGCGAUGUCCUUGCCAAGAGACUGGCAAACAUCUCCCAAGUCUACACUCAGCGCGCCUACAUGCGGCCCUACGGCGUAGCGACGACACUAAUAUCACUUGACCAGGAGCUUGGGCCACAGCUCUUCAAGUGUGACCCGGCGGGCUACUACAUCGGCUACAAGGGCACGGCUGCAGGACCCAAGCAGCAGGAGGCGCUGAACCACCUCGAGAAGAAGCUGAAGAACAAGGAUUGUGCAGAUGGGAGCUGGGAGGAGGUCGUGGAGCUGGCCAUCACCACGCUCAGCACGGUGCUCAGCAUGGAUUUCAAAAAGACGGAGAUUGAGAUCGGGAUCGUGGGCGGCCCGCGCGCCGACGGCAAGGAGGGCACGGAUCCUGGCUUCCGGAAGCUGACUGAGGAGGAGAUCGACGAGCGGCUCCAGGCUAUCGCCGAGAAGGAUUGAGCUGAAGGAUACCAUUGGCGAUUGGGACGCAGGCUGAUAGGAGGCCAUGAGGAUGAUGCUAGUCGAGGGCUGCGCGGGGGCGGUCGGAAGGAAGGGAUUUGCAUGGCGGGCGAACACCCACCAAGCUGAGGCCCGAUUGGCGCGCAGCGGGCCUUUGUAACCAUUAGAUGCCGCAGCACAAACGUUUAGAAUCAAGACCUGAGCUGUACAUCAGCCGGCGGGACCUCGCUGUUGCAUCGGAGACGGGACUCAGCUCGGAGCUGCAUGAGCUGAAGAUGACAGAGCGCACUGCUUGGCGAGACACGGCAUUCGGCGGUCGCAGCUCAGGUGAAAAGGCCACAACGCUCUCCCGGGCGGCCUGUAGGGGAGUAGGGUUCCGCCGAGGUCGAGGUGGGCGGACGGAGCGGAGGGUAGGGCAGGCGUAGGGGUAGGGCAGGGCAGGGCAGGCCAAGGCGAGGCGAGGCGAGGCUGGCAGCUGGCUGGAGAGGCUGGAGAGGCGGGUGUGGGUGCACGAGAUCGCUGUCUCACACCAUCUGGCGGGAUUAUCAGCCGAACCAGGGCUUGCGGCAGGAUCUAAGACACGAGGUAGAAUGGCCUCCCUGCCAGCCAGCCCAGCCUGCCCCCAGGAGCCAGACAAGCCAGAGAUUUAGGUUUUGGUUCCCGGGACGAUGGAGCGGGUUUGGCGAUGCGGCCAUCUCGGAGGCCUACCGUAACUCGGAAUGGAAGAGCCUCAAUUGUGGCUUGGUUCCCACAAACCCCACAGGCCGACGCCCACCACAACUCAUUACCGAAUACGGAGAUUCUGCGAGGCAAUGAUUGUCACCCCCAGUUGGGCCCAAGUGCCCAAGUGCCCACUGGGUCCUCCUCCUCCUCGCCCUCUGGGCUGCUGGGUUGGCCGACCCCCGGGCUCAUCCGUCCGCCCGCCUCUCCUGUCUCGACAAAUCCUCGCGUGUUCGCCCUCGCAGGUGCAGCACCAUUCUCCGCCAGUUCCCGCCAGCGCGCCUAUACACGAGCGCUUGUUCCCGGCGACAAGGUUACUUUUUUGGGCCGGCGUGCAUCACACACACACGAUCCUCCUCCUGGGAACCUCCCCCCUGGAACGGGACUUUGUUUUGGCGAGCCUCGUGCCGAGGUCCUCACCUGCAUUAGGGUUCAGCUCACCCUCCCGGAGGGGCGUCAGAAAAACGUGGCCGUGGGUCACGGCAACGACCACAUCCGCCCGACCUUGUACUACUACAUACUUGGUAACAUAGUAUGUCGUCGGCCUAAUGCACAAGAGAGGCUUGCCGAGGUCAGCUCUGCCCUGCCCAAUGUCAUCAUUA